AUGGCGACAAAUGUCUGCAUCUUAAAGAUUGGUCUGGAAAGCGACACCAAAGAUCAAACUAUACUGCAAAAGUUUUGUGAACUGGACGCCAUUGGAGUCACCAAUGAAGAGAGCGUGAAGCAAGAAAGCAUCAACCACGCUCUGAGCAGCGUGGAAAGAAAAGCGCGCAGGGGUCUACCGCAGACUAUUUACAGCGAUAACGCUUUGACCUUUAAGAAGGCAUCGAGGGAAGUGCAAAGCCUCUGGAAAAUUCUUCGCAGUCGUGACAUUCAAGACUACUGCGGCUCUCAGCGCAUCACGUGGAAAUUCAUAAUAGAAAAGGCAGCUUGGUGGGGAGGCUGGUGGGAGCGAAUGGUAAAGUCCAUGAAGGUUUCCCUGCGAAAUGUUCUCGGACGUCAAAGCCUGUCAUUUGAGGAGCUCACUACAGUCUUGGCGGAUGUGGAAGCAGCGAUAAACUCGCGCCCAUUCACCUAUGUCCUAGAGGAGCCAGCAGCUGACAUUAAUCCACGCUGGAGGUACCGACGAUCACUUGUCAACGCCUUUUGGAACCGAUGGCAAAGGGAAUACCUGCUACAGUUGCGGUCCGCGCACAUAAUAUCGUCAAGACAGGACAAUUCCCUUACGGUAGACGACAUUGUGAUUGUCCAUGAAGACCAUGCACAGCCACAUAGUGGAAAACAGGAAGAGUCGUCGAAGUUUUCAAAGGCCGUGACGGAGUAG